CAUUUCCCAUGAAUCUCUAGUGUGCCUGCGUCAUCCACUCGCGCCUGAACUUCUGUUUGGUUCGUGCUCGAGGAAACAACGUGGCUUUCGCUUCUGACAAGAAACGACCGAAGUUACUGAAUGUAGAUACAAUACAUUCACGGUAGAUACAUAUUAGAUCAUAAAUAUUAAUGAUAUUAAAUAAAACGUCUGUGUGCGAACAGCGACACCGACGCAACAAACUGGUUGACAAGUGAACAGGAGACUGUCCUGGUGGAAACAUGUUUAAUGAGGAGGAAGACUGGAGCGAUGAUCAAGACGCUCAAACUCAGAGUAAAACUGUCUCUAAAGGCAAAGAGAAGGUGAACAACGGCACUCAUGUCAAGUCCAAGCUUGUUGGGAAGAAGAGUCUGCUGCGGACCCUGGAAACUCUGGGAUCAAUACCUAAGUGGAAGAACACGGACCACCAGCAGGACAGUGACAGCGAAGGUGCGGCAGAAGCAUCUUCGUCCCCCACCAAGAGAAAGAAGAAGAGGAGGAAAAAGAGAAGACAUGCAAAGACAUCAGAGGAGCCGCAGGAGAACGGAGAUUUGGAUCCGAGCGUCGAGGAGGAAAAACCUGCGGCAAAAAAGAAAAGUAAAUUCAACAAAGUUGUGGCCAAGAAGAUAAAAACCACGUCUGCAGGCGAGACAAAGGAUAAAGAAAUGACCAAAUCUGCAAAGACAAACAUAGACAACCCAGACGACACUGAGAAGCUGAGUAGACAACAAUGGAGAAACAAAAUGAAGAACAAGAAGAAGUGUAAAAAUAAAUUCCGCGAGAAGGAGGAGGAGAAUGAAACAGAAUCUGCAGAUAAACACAAGCAGAAGGAAGAAGUAAAAACGGAUUCAUCUAUCAGCAAAAACAGUAAAAAAUCCACUGUAGGUCCAAAAAAGAAAAGUGAGACAGAACGUAAACCACAGAAAAGGAAACAGCCUGACGAGGACACUGGUGUAUCCUGUGCACCAGAAAUACUGAAAGGGGGAAAGCAGCAGACUGAAACACAGACCAAAACAAAGGGUGGUUAUGAACACGCUAAGAUCACAGAUGAUCUGCAGCAGUCACCUAAUAAAAGACUGAAACCUGAGCUGAGCAAAGAACAGAUUCUGAAACGAGCGAAGCUGCGGAAAAUGCUCCAGAUCAAAGAACCAGUCCAACCAGACCAACCAGAGAGUCCAGCAGAGCCGAAAGACGAGCCGGCGGCACCAGAGGAGGAGGUGAAGCUGGACCGCUCGGCCUCCCUGAGGCUGCGCAUGGAGCAGCGCUUGGAGUCGGCUCGAUUCCGCUACAUUAACGAAGUGUUGUACAGCACGUCCAGCGGCGACGCCAAGCGCAUGUUCAAGCAGGAUCCUCAAGCCUUCUGGAUCUACCACAGAGGAUACACCACACAGGUCAAGAGGUGGCCCGCCAACCCGGUGGACGCCAUCAUCUCCUGGAUUCAGCUAAAACCGCCCGCUAUGGUGGUUGCAGACUUCGGAUGCGGUGACUGUAAAAUAGCUCGCAGCGUGCAGAACAAGGUGCACAGCUUCGACCUGGCAGCUGCCUGUGAGCUGGUCACAGUCUGUGACAUGGCCAACGUGCCUCUUCGUGACUGCUCUGUGGACAUCGCAGUGUUCUGUCUCUCCCUCAUGGGGACCAACCUGGCGGAUUUUCUAUCAGAGGCCAAUCGAGUCCUAAAGAUGGGGGGUGUGCUUAAAAUAGCAGAAGUGGCCAGCAGGUUCGACAAUGUGCGGAGCUUCCUCACCGCUCUGGCUAAUAUGGGAUUCAGGAUGGUUUCCAAGGAUACGGAGAACACUCAUUUUUACUCCUUUGAAUGUGUGAAGUCAGGAAAUGCUCCAGAAAAUGUGAAGAAGUUUGGACUUCAGCUGAAUCCUUGUCUGUACAAGAAAAGAUGAGGAAGUUAGAGAACGUCAUAGAAAUUAAAUUGUUUCCUUUCAUUUUCCCACAUGU